AUGUCUAGAAGAGACAGCAACACCUCUGUCGUCUCUAUCGAUAACGGGGAGGUAUCCAGUACUACAGCGCUUGCUCUCACCGAUGCCCGCUUUGACCUGGCAGCGGUCGACUUUCAGGAUUUCUCGACAAGACCGGACACCUCGCUCGAGCAUUGCGGCUACAAGCCUUUCGACCUCGCGAAUCUUGCAGCCGCAUUCCACCAGAAGUGCACACCAGGAGCCAUUCGACGCUACAUUCAACGUUACGAUAAGGACGAAGUGAAGUCCAAGAUCCACGGUCUCGUACAUAACCACCACAUCGUCACGUAUGCCAUUCACUACCAUAGUGUGGAUUGCCUUCGCUUGCUGUUGGAAUACGGCGUCGAUCCCCAAGCGCGAGACUUCGGCAGGGUUCCUGUCCUCGCGUACGCUAUCAUGCUGCCGUACUGGAAUGCUUGCAACACUCUGGAAAUGGUCAGGACCCUUCUUGCGCAUGGAGCUUCAGCUCUUCAUAUCCCCCGCGACAUGUGGAUCGACUACGUCAAGACACCAAGUUCCGGCUCGGAUGUGCGGAAUCGAGGCGGCAACAAGUGGUGUACGGUCAAGGUGCGAAAGAUUUUGGUCGAGACGAUGCACCUCAGCAUCAGAUACACUCUCUGGAGAGCUAGUCGACUCGAAUUCCGUCCGUGUCGGAUGCUGCAGAUCGCAGAGGCUAAAGGUAUCUUGCCUCUUUUGAGAAUUCCAUAUCUCGUCAUCGGACAGGAGCUGGGCAUAGAGCACGUCAUUGAACAGAUCUAUGCCCACAUUGCUAACGAUGUCGAUCAGCCUCUUGUUCUUGCGUUCAGUGGGCUUUCAGGUCAUGGAAAGACAGAGCUGGCUAGCUGUAUGGGAGGUCUUAUAUCGGCAGACUUUAUUGACAUCGACUGCACCCAGAUUACCACGGUCUUCUCCCUCCUUGGAACCACAGCAGGCUAUCAAGAAAGCGAGAAUGGUUCUCCUCUCAACAACUUCCUUGUGCGUAACAACGCCAAACGCAAUGUUGUCUUCCUGGACGAAUUUGAUAAAACGAAGCGAGAGGUCCGGGAAGCGUUGCUGAAAGUGAUGGAUGCGGGUAGGCAGCUUGGCAUUGGACAAAUCUUUGAUGUUUUCCGCCGGCUAAUGUGCAUUAGGGACCUACACUGGACGGCCAAACAAUCUGAAGAUCGACUGUACCAAGACUGUCUGGAUUCUUGCGACAAAUAAAGGUGACACGGAGGUUGCCGCGUUCUACGCGAAGGAGAUCGCGAAGCGCAGAGAAGAUGAGAUCGAUCAGGUCGACAUCAUGCCGCUGCAAAUUGAAAUCGCUAAGCUUCUGUCGUCGCUUUAUUCAGUAUGUUGCAUUUUUCACCAUUGAGAGCCUGUCCGCUGACGAUGAUCUUAGCCUGCCGUAUGCGGACGCAUCAAUGCAUUUAUUCCCUUCUUCCCUUUCAGCCCAGGGGAGCAAGCAGUAGUUGCACACAAGUUCAUACUCAACCUACAAGACCGCAUACGCAAGCCCAUAGACUUGAAACAGCCUGUCUGCCGCUAUAUUGGGCACUCCAUUCUGCGUGUGGUAGACGAUGGUCGUCUUUGCCAAAAAGUAGCAGAGGGAUAUGUGCAGGCUCUCGGGGCUCGAUCGCUCAAGCGCGAAGUCACAAAGGUGGAAAAGAAGUUUCUGAAGGAGUACAGCAAGGUGGACGAAGUGGUGACCGAAGCCAGCAACCAGGGGAAGUUUGAAAGAUAUAUUGCGCAGUUGCAGCCGGUCUCGGAUGGAGUGCAAGACAUUGUGGUCUAUCGAGACACGGAGAAGGACUAG